UAAUUUCAUACUUAGUCUUUUUUAUGUAAUUUAACAGCUGUUGCCAUGACCACAGAUGAAGUGGAAAGUCACCAGAAAAAGCCAAAGCAGCAGCAGGAAGAAGCUGGCCAAGAUCCUCAGCUGCAUUCUCAUGAGGAUGACAACCUCCAGCCUCAAAAUCAAAAUUCUACCAGCCAUGGUCUCUCUCGCCUCUUCUCUUCCCUCCUUAAACGGCGUUCACAGUAUGACAAUGAGGGGAGACAGAAAGAGGAUGAGGAAGAUGAAGCUAAAGCUCCUAUUGCUGAUCCUGAACCUGAAUUGAAAAUAGAGGGAGAGGUUGCCUUGGACCAACAUUCAGUCAGCAGUGCAGAGGUUCAGGCUCUUCAGGCAGAAAAGAAAGAUGCAGCUGAGGACAUGACUGGAAAGAUGAAGGAGAAGAAUGACCAAAAGGGAGAGGCAGUGGUUCUGGACAAGGAGGAGGACAAAGAAAAGGAAUUUGGUUCUGAAAGAAGGGGUAAGGAAGAUAAGGAGAAGACAACAGAGGAGGAGGCCAAGACUCCCAGAGCUCCACGCCGACCAAAGACACUGCAGAUCAAAGUCACACUGCUGGAUGACGCUCUGUUUGAGUGCGAGUUGGAUGUAAGGAUUUUUUUCCCCCCCUUUUAACCACAGUGUAAGAUUUUUGUUGCUGUUGUUGCUUUUGACAAUCAUACUUUAUUUGCUAUAUAAAAAUUUUAUUAGUCAGAAAACUGGUACACCAAACAGCAUUAUGAAUGUGAGCAGCACUGGUUUCCAAUGAUGUCAUAUGUCUAAACUGUAAAAACAUAAAAACUAAAAUAAUGUUUUUAAAAAUAAAAAAUGUUUUUUGAGAAUAGACUUAGACAAUUACUACUAGAGUACACCAAGAUUUAAAGCUGCAGUAAGUAACUUUUAUAAAAUAAUUACUUUUUUCUUUGUUUUUCCUUUUUAUUUUUUACAUAUUUCUUAAA